GCUAUCGGUACUUACAAUUUAACAAAUAGUCAAAGAUAGGUAGUUUCAGAUCCAGUCCUUUAUACUGACCAGCUCUCAGUUGAGUUCUGAUGGUCACCGUUAAAAUGCUGUUCCUCUUGCUGUUGGCUGUUUUGUGUUCCUUGGGAAACGCCCUGGAUUGCACCGUUUGCAAUAGCGUGCUCAGCUGGGAGGAUUGCGAGAGCACUGGAAACGUUACCGCGUGCACCCUGGCCGAUGUGAACGCACUUCACCAGGAAAUGAGCGAUGCUAACCCCAACUUGGCCCAGGGUGGACCGGAAGAUAGAUUUCAAUGCUUUGCGAUUCACAUGGGCAUUAUAAACAUCAGUAUUUUCUCCAUGGGUUGCACUUUUAAAAAGACUCAAUUCUGUUCCGGAUGGCCAAGCGGGAUGGGAGUGUUCGAGUGUAGAACGUUUAACGGCGAAAACGGCGGAAACGGAUUGGGUUCUUUGGGUUUUGUUGGGAUGGUUGCUCUGGUGGUUGCUGUUAUUAAUUUGAAAGUUUGAAAUUAAAUAAAGUCAGUAGAAAAAAGGCAAUUUUU